AUGGGUUUAUGGAGCUCGUGCUGCUGCGGAGGUCGGAACCGCGAUGGCCUCUACGAGCCCGUGCUGGCUGACAGCGAAAGGGAAGCUGUAGCUGACCUGCUGCAAUACCUCGAAAAUCGCGGCGAAACUGACUUCUUUUCUGGCGAACCGUUGCGAGCUCUCAGCACACUUGUCUUCUCAGAGAACAUAGACCUUCAGCGCAGCGCGAGUUUGACCUUUGCCGAAAUUACUGAGAGAGAUGUUCGGGAGGUAGACCGUGAUACGUUGGAACCGAUCCUCUUCCUAUUGCAGAGUGCAGACAUUGAAGUGCAAAGAGCAGCAAGCGCUGCUUUGGGAAACCUGGCUGUCAAUACCGAGAACAAGGUAUUGAUUGUUCAGCUUGGCGGCUUGACGCCUUUGAUCCGCCAGAUGCUCUCGCCCAACGUCGAAGUGCAGUGCAAUGCUGUUGGAUGUAUCACCAACCUCGCUACGCAUGAGGAAAACAAGGCGAAGAUUGCUCGGUCCGGCGCUCUUGGACCCUUGACCCGCCUAGCCAAGUCGAGAGAUAUGCGAGUGCAGCGCAACGCAACUGGAGCGCUGCUGAACAUGACACACUCUGACGAGAAUCGCCAGCAGCUCGUGAACGCUGGUGCCAUCCCUGUCCUCGUCCAGCUUCUCUCUUCGCCCGAUGUCGACGUUCAAUACUACUGCACCACGGCUCUCAGCAACAUUGCCGUCGACGCAAAUAAUCGCCGAAAACUAUCGAGCUCCGAGACGAAGUUGGUGCAGUCUCUGGUGAACUUGAUGGACUCGUCGUCGCCCAAAGUUCAGUGCCAAGCUGCGCUGGCUCUCCGAAAUUUGGCGUCAGAUGAAAAGUAUCAGCUCGAUAUCGUUCGCGCAAACGGCCUAGGCCCUCUCUUGCGUCUCCUCCAGUCGUCAUACUUGCCGUUGAUACUGUCCGCCGUUGCCUGCAUACGCAACAUCUCGAUACAUCCCAUGAACGAGUCUCCCAUCAUCGAAGCGAAUUUCUUGAAGCCCCUCGUGGAUUUGCUCGGGUCUACAGACAAUGAGGAGAUCCAGUGCCAUGCUAUCUCGACCCUUAGGAACUUGGCGGCUAGCUCAGACCGCAACAAGGCUUUGGUUCUUGAUGCUGGCGCUGUUCAGAAGUGCAAGCAGUUGGUGCUGGACGUGCCAGUGACCGUCCAGUCCGAGAUGACGGCGGCGAUCGCAGUGCUGGCCCUGAGCGAUGACCUCAAAUCGCAUUUGCUCAAUCUUGGCGUAUGCGAUGUGCUGAUUCCAUUGACACACUCGGAGAGCAUCGAGGUACAAGGCAAUAGCGCCGCUGCAUUGGGCAACCUAUCUUCGAAAGUUGGCGACUAUUCAAUAUUUGUGCAAAACUGGGACCAGCCACAGGAGGGCAUCCAUGGUUAUCUUGGACGAUUCCUACAGUCAGGUGAUGCGACAUUCCAACACAUUGCAGCUUGGACACUCCUGCAGCUCUUUGAGUCGGAGGAUAAAACUCUAAUCAGUCUCAUCGGCAAAGCCGAAGAUGUUAUUGAACAUAUCCGCAGCAUCGCGAAUCGCCAUGUCGAGACUGGUCCCGAUGCUGAAGAGGAGGAUGAGGGUGAAGUUGUCAGCUUGGCGCAGCGCUGUCUCGAGCUACUGGGGCAGACUGGCAACAAGACACAUAUCGAGGGCUGA